GGAGCAGCAGACCGACAAAGAAAUUUGACAGCGAGGACAGUUAUUGACGUCUGAUCUACUACAGCUUCAACUUCAAACUUCAAACUUUAAUCUUCAAACUUCACACUGAUUUUUUCAUUUUUUCUCUGAAAUUUUUUCUCAAUCUUCAUCUUAAUUUGGUUCAGCAAGGUGGGCUGUUUCAAUCCCUUGAUCCAUAAUCCUAAUCCCUUUUUCCUCCUCAAAUUAAAGCCCUCUUUUCCCAGUUCAAUCCUCUGCUUUCCAUUUCCGCCGCCGCCAUGCCCGGUUUGGUCUCCGUCAAAACCCCGCCGGACGCCCCUCCGCUCCGGAUCUCCGUCCCCGACACCCCGCCGCCGUCGAAUCACCGGCCCCCUUCUCCUCUUCCUAAGAAACAGCCCUCUCCUUCUCCUUCCCGAUCCAAGCCCUCGCCCAACGGGAAGAAGAAGCUCCAGCCGGAAAGCCCGACGGCGGCCCAAUUUCCGCCGGAUUCCUCCCUCGACAACCCCGAUCUCGGGCCUUUCCUCCUCAAGCUCGCCCGCGACACCAUCGCCUCCGGGGACGGCCCCAACAAAGCCCUAGACUACGCGAUCCGCGCUUCCAAGUCGUUCGAGCGGUGCGCCGUCGAUGGCGAGCCCAGCCUCGACCUCGCCAUGAGCCUCCAUGUCCUCGCCGCCAUUUAUUGCAGCUUGGGCCGGUUCGAGGAGGCAGUGCCGGUUCUCGAACAGGCCAUUCAGGUCCCCGACAUUGGCCGAGGUCCCGACCAUGCCCUCGCUGCCUUUUCCGGCCAUAUGCAACUCGGCGACACGUAUUCUAUGCUGGGCCAGAUCGAGCGGUCCAUUGCUUGCUAUGAAGAGGGCUUGAAGAUUCAAAUCGAUGCGUUGGGAGAGACGGAUCCGAGAGUUGGAGAAACUUGCAGGUAUUUAUCUGAGGCGCACGUUCAAGCAAUGCAGUUCGAUAGAGCAGAAGAAUUGUGCAAGAAAACUCUUGAGAUUCAUCAUGCACACAGUGAGCCUGCAUCGCUUGAAGAAGCAGCUGAUCGCCGACUGAUGGCGCUCAUCUGCGAGGCAAAAGGUGAUUACGAGUCUGCGCUCGAGCACCUUGUCCUGGCCAGUAUGGCGAUGAUUGCAAAUGGGCAAGACAGUGAAGUUGCUGCCAUUGAUGUGAGCAUUGGAAAUAUUUACAUGUCUCUAUGUCGAUUCGACGAGGCAGUUUUCUCAUACCAAAAAGCUCUCACUGUAUUCAAAGCAUCUAAGGGCGACAACCAUCCUUUGGUCGCCUCUGUUUUCAUACGCCUUGCAGACUUGUAUCACCGCACUGGAAAGCUCCGAGAGUCCAAAUCUUAUUGCGAAAAUGCAAUGAGGAUAUACUCAAAGCCCGUGCCCGGAACUUCACCCGAGGAAAUUGCUGGUGGGCUGACAGAAAUUUCGGCAAUUUACGAGUCUGUUGACGAGCCCGAGGAGGCAUUGAAGCUUUUACAAAAGGCAAUGAAGAUGUUAGAGGAUAAACCAGGACAGCAAAGCACGAUUGCCGGGAUAGAAGCACGAAUGGGAGUGAUGUUUUACAUGGUUGGAAGGUAUGAAGAUGCGAGGAGCUCUUUCGAGAGUGCGAUAUCAAAACUUAGAACAACCGGGGAGAGAAAAUCUGCAUUCUUUGGGGUUGUUUUGAACCAAAUGGGAUUGGCUUGUGUGCAGUUGUUCAAGAUAGACGAAGCUGCUGAGUUGUUUGAAGAAGCAAGAGGAAUUUUGGAACAGGAGUGUGGCAAUUGUCAUCAAGAUACCAUUGGAGUAUAUAGCAACCUUGCUGCAACUUAUGAUGCUAUGGGAAGAGUUGACGAUGCUAUCGAAAUAUUGGAAUCUGUUCUAAAGUUGAGAGAAGAGAAGCUCGGAAUAGCAAAUCCCGAUUUUGAAGAUGAAAAGAGGAGACUGGCUGAGCUGCUUAAGGAAGCAGGCCGGACCCGAAACCGAAAAGCGAAGUCUCUGGAAAACCUCAUCGACCCAAACUCAAGGAAGACAAAGAAGGAGGCGACGAAGAAGUGGCCAGGCCUGGGGUUUAGAAUCUGAAUAGAGAAGUCUCCUCCAAUAUGAAAUCUGCUUUACUGAUCCAACAUGCACAUUCUGUAACAUAUAAGAUCAUGUAUAGAGUUGAUUUAAAUAUUUUUAUUUUAUUUUAUUUUCUUUCCAUUGGAGCAAGGCCUUCUGUUUCCCUUUAUGAACUGAACUCAUUUAUUGUUUUCUUUCUUUGUGCUGUUAAUUGUUUCAUUAAAUGCAUGUCUGUGCUGUAAGGCUGUUGAUUGAGAAAGAAAACAUUGAUCUUGAUUGAAUAAGAUUUUGGAAGAAUGUUUUCUCAUUUCA